AUGCAUGGCAGAGAUGGUGAGCUGUGUGCUGUGUGCCAUGUGGCCGAUGCGGUGCACACAUGUAGCAACUGUGCUGCCAGCUGUGCAACGAAAGAGGAAGGGGCCACCGUUGCCUUCACGAUGAAUGUGACGACACACAAAUACGCCGGUCCUUAUGAAUUGUGGUGGCGUCAAUUUUCUCCCGAUGGAACCAUCCAUCCGCCUGCACGGAGAGGCGAUGCUGACCAGACGGGCAUCUGCCAGUUGCCGCCACCCCGUGAAGGGAAGGAUGACACAAAAUCUGGUGGGACAACUGUGCCGCAAGUUAAUGCUGAGCCGUCACGUCAACACGAGGAUUGGCGACAGUCUGCGGCGGCUGACGGACCCAACACCGUCGAUCCGAGUCCCGCAUCCAACACGGCGACCAACACGCCUAGGACGAGGCCUGAGUUUGCCACCAAUCCGAACGAAGUGAUGGUCCCGAAUGCAUCCAAGAAGAGGCUUUUCUUUGCCUAUGGUUUAAAAAUAUUAGUGGCGUCGAAUGGUUCCGGGAUCAUGUCCGUCACUUAUGGCGGCAGGGAACACGUUGCUGCGGAUAACACGGACGAGGUGAGUGAGCACAACGCCACUGGACACAAAUUUCCUUUCUUCAGAAAAUGGCGUUGCAGGCAGUGGAUUUGUUGCUGA